UAAACCGUAAUUUAUAAGCAGACAGCAAAUUAAUAGCAAUCAAAUUGAAAAAAAAAUGUUUGAAAUUAAUUUCAACAACUCGAAGUCACGAAAUCGGAAAUAGGAAAUUAAAUAUUUCCUAACAAAAAUUGUGGUAUUCUUAUACUUGCGUUUUUCAUUUCAAUUUAGGUUAAUACUGUUCUCGAGAGUGUCAUGAACAGAAUUAUCCAUCUGGACAAACCGCUGAUGCUAAGACUGCUGCACCUCUUCCACUGCCAUCUUCAGAAAGUUUAUUAGUAGUUGACAAUGGCAGAUUUCAAAACAUCUUCGAGUAUAUUGACAAAAGAAUGUUUAAGAACCCAAAUUUGUGGAGAAGGCGAGUGGCCCAAAAACACAGUAAUAUACCAGCCUUAUGAAACAGAACAAAUCCUAUUACCUGACAACUCAAAAUGUUUAUCGGUUAAAACAUUUUUAAAAAUGGCUGGAUUAGAAUUCAUUGUGGAAGCCAGAGAAAAUGCCGAAUACAUGUCACCACAUCGAGGUAAAGUGCCCUUCAUUAAGGCAGGCCAGUUUUUAGUUGCUGACUUUGAACCAAUCGUCAGUUUUGCUCAAUCUAAAGGUUAUUCGCUAUCAACAAGUUUAGAUGAAGCUCAAAAGUGGGAUCUUAGAGUAUACAUGGCACUAGUGAAUAAUGUUCUUUUAAAUGCUGAGAUUUAUGUAACAUGGAACCACGAGCUUACUUAUAAGGAACUCACCAAGCCAAGAUACAGUUCUGUUUAUCCUUUCCCAUUGAACCACUGGGCUACAUAUAAUAAGCGCCGUGAAAUGUUAUCACAUUUAGAUGUGUUAGGUUGGAAAAAAAAAUCUUUAGACGAAGUAUUUAAGGAAGUGGAAAGAAUCUGCGAGUCAUUGUCAAACUUUUUGGGGGACAAGAAAUAUUUUUUUGAUGAAAAGCCGACUGAGUUAGACGCUUUAGUAUUUGGUCAUUUGUUUUCCAUCAUAACAACACCACUACUAAACAAUCGAUUUGCUGCUACUGUCAGAGCUUAUGACAAUCUAGUUCAAUUGUGUGUACGCAUUGAAACAGAAUUUUAUCAGUCUAGAAUUCUAUGAUAUAAAUAAUUGUUUAUUUGAUUGAAUAUUAGUUAGUAUUUACUAUUAUAAUUUAAUUAUACCAAAAUGGGCAAAAUUAAAUAAAAUAUUAACUAAACUGUUAUAUAGAAAUAUUUUAUAUGAUCUAAUGUUAAGAAGUGUUAAUAAAAUUAAUGAUAAAACA